AAACAAGGCAAAUCUGACAUCGCGAAUCUCGAUAUGACACGGCUACGAAGCGUUCUCUUUCGUCGAACGCAAUUAUAAAACAAUUCUACCACUCGCUUUUGUCGUAUAUAUACCAACUGGGUGCUACGCACCUCCGGUCGGCUAUCAACAUCCGGAAUUGUAUUCAGAUAGCUGAGUUCUACACUGAUUGGAUCAAUUCAACUGGUACACAAGUUUUAAAACAUGUUACCUGGCAGGUUAUAUAACUCGAUGUCUAAAUCUGAUCUUUUAUGUCGAUGAAAACAACUGUUCUUUUAAAGGUUUAUGAUGAAAUUUGCAAAACUGUUCAUGAUUUUUGCUGCUGUUUUAUCAGCAUUCGUGUUUAUAUUUAACUACGAAAUGCUGGAUAUUAUUCUUGUGAUGAAAGAAAGAAUUGCAUUCCGUUCCCCAUUCAAAAUGCUAUUCCAAGAGGCUCCAGGGUCAAUUGAUUUGAGGCUAUCCAUUGUAAAAAACGAUGACACUGGAGACAUCGUAAACGAACGUUCAAACGAGCAGGUUCAACAAAGCCACUCUGAUUACCCAACCUAUCACACCUUUGAAGCAAUGCUACACGAUGACACGCAUGCGUCAAACAACAGAGCCUUCCCAGCAUACUCUUCGUGCCCAUAUCGCGGAAUUAGAAAGCCAAGGACAACGAGUGAUUCUAAAACCCUAGUUCCAGAGUGUCGGAGAAGAAAGUCAACUUCUCAUGAUUGCGAAGACGUGAUCAAAUAUUUCGGUCCUCACGGAACAAUGACACCAGGCAAGUGUAACACAAAAAAUGCUGUUAAAAUAUGUUCCAUAUCUGGUGGGGAAAAUUACAAAAGAGAGCAAGUCCAAGUAUCAUGCAAUGAUAGUCACUGCAGAGGAAACACAAUUUUUCUUGGAAUAUUUAAUGAUCAAAUUGGAAACGUUACAUGGCGCAAAUUGAAUAAUACAGACAACUUAAACGCGCAACUUAAACAACACAUUUUGUCUUCAACCUUUGGGCCUGGGUUUGCAUUGUUAAAAUGCGGGGAAGGUACCCAGGUCUUAGGUUUUCCAACUAUUUUAAAACGGGCCAAACCUUCUCAAAGACUGGAGAAGAGAAGACCAUUCAAUAUCAACAUCGUAGUUGAGGAUUCGUUAUCUCGCGCGCAUUUUUACAGAACUCUUUUAAAAACUGCGUCGACUUUCAGGGAUAUUGUUUAUAAUCAAACAAUUCCAUCGACCCUGCUGGAGUUUCAAAAAGUUCAAAGCUAUGCAGCAAAAACAUAUCAAAGCCUUCAAAGACUGUUUGCAGGACGAAAAUACUUAGACGUUGGAGAGAACUGCAAAUAUACUGUCGAGGAAUUUAAAGCAAAUGGUAGCAUGUUCAACUGUACAUAUGCAGUCGAAGAGAUGUUUGCACGAUAUAAAAACGCUGGAUAUAGUACACUGCUUCAAGAGGAUCAUUGUUGGCACGACGCGUGGGGUUCUUUCAUGGAUCCACGCAAACAGUUAGACCCAGUUACAGACGAGAUGCAGCGGCUUAGCAGAUGGAAGGAUUUUGUUCAGCUUGUUCAAUUAUCGGGUCGUCAACAGGCGAUUGAUGAUUAUGGUAUGUCCAUAUUAACUUGUGAUGUGUACAGAGAGUUCAAAGUGACAAACCCAUUUAGUUCGAAAAUUAUUCCAAACGUUUGCUUCGCCGGGAGGCAUUAUGCAUCAUUCUUCUUGGAGUAUGUGAAAAAGUACACAGAGCUCAAUGAUAUAGCCGAUCAGCCGUUCAUAGCGUAUACACAUGUGUUGACAUCACACGAUACUAAUGGAAGACGUAUAGUCAAUGAUGACGAAAGCCUCUCAGAGUUAUUUCGACACGCAGCACAUUUACGAAACACUUUGACGAUCUUUGCCUCCGACCAUGGCGCAAAAGCGACUGAUUUUGCAGCAUAUUCAACACAAGGAAGAGAAGAGGUCUUCCAACCUUUGUUGUUUAUGAUCAUUCCACACGAAGUCAGCAAGUUGCUUGGUUCAGAAGCAAUGAAUGCAUUGGUACUCAAUCAAAAUCGUUUGGUAGGCGUUGAAGAUCUGUAUAACUCAUUGGUCUCGAUUAUAGAACUUCGCGUGUGGGCUGAAAGCUUAGCCUCGAACCCAAAUCAUUCCAACCAGAACACUGCAGGUUCUAAUCCGAAGCAUUCGGUUGCGUUCGCUGACCCAAUUUCAAAAACGUCUAGGGAAGAGGAAGGGCUUGAUGGACCUCAGAUAAAAUCACAUCUGCAAGGUUUAUUUAGACCAGUAUUUUUAAACCGCACUUGCAAAGAAAUGAAAAUAAGUUCGGUUGCAUUAUGCCUGUGCGAUGGCAUGGAAAACACAAUCUCGAACGACACUGACGCAGUCAGGUGGGCGGCUGAAUUUGCGCUAGGAACCUUAAAUAACAGAAUUCAGAAACAGUACACGACAAAUCUGAAGUCUCAGCUGGGAAAGAUGGCUACGUCUAAAUUCUUUGGUUACGGCGCAUGUCAGCGGUACGUAGCCACGGUUGUGACAAAUGCUCGCCAAGUCGUCGUUGGCAUCAACCAGAAGUUAUUGUUCACUUUGCUGGCAAAACCCAAUGACCGAAAAACUGCGGAAAUUUUUGACGUCGAAUUGACGUUUCCCAUGAAACAAGGUGAACAUGGUAUAAUUUUGAAUAAUCUGGUUCGUGUAUCCCGGUUUAAUGAGUAUGAAAUAUGCUCGGAUACGGGCGUUGAUCCAAAGCUGUGCGCAUGUCAUCCUUAUAAAACUAACAACACCUUGUGGAGGAGGAAAUUGUUUUCGAUGGUGACUUCACAAGCCAUUUUGGGAAUGAAACCUCAGACACAGUUUCUUGAUAAGCCGUGUCUUUUGAUAAUUGCUCGAGUUACAAAGACAGAAAUACGCCCCGGACGUUGGCAAAAUGCCACGGAGACAUACGAAGCAAUCAACCGGUGCAGAAAUGUGAAAUACAAAUUAAAAAUUUCUUUUAAACGCAUCUAUAAAAUGAGGAUUUCAUUGAAAUAUCCUGCAAUUGUAACCUUACUGCCGAAGACAGUCACGUUUCUUUAUACGGCUAUAAACAACUGGAUAUUUGGCAAAGCUGUGCCUAAAUUUAGUUUUAAAAAGACUGUAUUAUAUCGCAGUAAUAAUACAACGAAGAAGAAACUGUAAUGUUUGUUGGAUGGAAAAGCUAAAAAAUACAAAUUCAUAUUUAUCAGUUUCUGGACAAUCAGAAACGAGCAUUUUGGAAUUAACUACGAUUUAACAGACUCUAAGUUAUGUAUUUUAUAAACAUGCACAACAACGAUUAUUAAAAAAGCAUGAUCUCAAUGGGAAGUUAUUUUUUAAAGACUCGGACCAGUUGUAUCAAGCUCAUUUAGCUUAAACGCUGGUUAAGUUCAAAAUAGAAAUCAAGUCUAUCGUUUUAUUCAAGAAGCAAACAAAAUGUUUUUAACCCUAAUACAACGAUACUGUUUCAACUACAUAUUCA